AUGUUAGUGAAUACCUUUGAAUAUUUAUUUGAUUUCACCACGGUGCUACUAGUGAUCAGGAUACUGGCUUGCUUUAUAGCGCUGCGAUGCCAGACAUACUUUGCUAAUUUUGGACCGAUUCACGACAUCGGAUAUAUUGUUAAUAGUGGACCGACUCUGGAUACCGGGUACGACCGUGUUGAUGCUGGACCGUCUCCCGAUCUCGGAUUAUAUCUCAUACAGGAAGCCAAAAGCGAGCACGUUGUCACGACUUCCAAUGUUGGCGGCUGUUGGACGUUCUGUCCUAGUGUUGCGGCCGUCUCUGGAAUUGCUGUCGUUUCUGGACUCGCUUUUGCUGCCUGGAGGAAUCACCGACGUCAUAAGAAGACCCUGAACGACCUACAGGAACAACUGGACAAUCCACGGAAGGAGACACAUUACUGCACUGUCACGGAAGUCUUGGAUCUCGAGGAGGAAAUCGAGGAUCUCGAGGACGAAGUCUUGGAACUCGAGAACGAAGUCUUGGUUCUCGAGGACGAAGUCUUGGUUCUCGAGGACGAAAUUGUGGAUCUCGAUGAGGAAGCCGAGGAUCUCGAGGACGAAGUCUUGGAUCUCGAGGACGAAGUUGAAGAUCUCGAGGACCAAGUCGAGGAUCUCGAGGACGAAGUCUUGGAUCUCGAGGACGAAGUCUUGGAUCUCCAGGAGGAAGUCUUGGAUCUCAAGGAGGAAGUCGUGGUUCUCGAGGAGCAACUCGCAGAUCUCACGGAAGAACUCUUGGCCAAAACGACUGACGGGGAAAAGCUGCAGGAAGAGAACCAACGUUUGCGAAAGGGUUUAAGAAAUGCCGUCGGAGCCAUUGAACUUCUUGAAAGGUUUCUGAAGGAAAAAGGUGAAGAAGCUGUAAACGUCGUCAUGCAGAUGAAUGGCAAGAAUGCUCACAUCCAAGAUCUAAUGGCGGAGAACGAGAAACUGAAAGAAGAUCGCAAACAUUUGGAAGAGAAAUUAAGAGAAGCAGCCAACAACAUGGAUGAUAUGGAAAGUCUCUUAAAAGAAAAAGAAGACGAAAUGGAAAGUCUUCUGAAAGAAAAAGAAGCUGUUCUGAAAGAAAAAGAAGCUGAAAAGAUAGAGUUGGUAAAUCUCCAUGAAGAACAGAUCCAAGGACUGUUGACUGAGAAGGAUAAGAUGAAGGAAGAUCGUGAAUGUUUGGGAGAUAAAUUAAGAGAUGCAGCCAACCACAGUGAGGAUAUGAAAUGGCGUUUACAAGAAAAGGAAACUUUUAAGUCCACGUUAAUCCAUUGGCAUGAAAUACUGGUGGAGCGCCAAGAAGAACUUAUUCAAGAUUUGAUGGCCAAUGAGGAGAAAUUAAAAAAUGAACAUGAGCUUCUGAAAGAAAAGCUAAGAGAGGCUCUAAGUAAAUUGGAGAAUAAGGAAAAGCUGUUAGAAAAAAAUGAAGAGGAAAGAAAUAAGUUGGAGAGCGAGUAUUUCAAUCAGAUGGACCUCAAGGAUGCUGAAAUACAAGGUUUGUUGGCUAAGGUAUGGAAAAUGAAGCUCGAAAAUGAGCAUUUGGAAGGAAGGUUAGAAGAGCUUCUAAUACAGACUGACAACAGAGAUAGUCAGAUCCAAGAUUUGUUGGAAAAGUUAGAGGGAAAGGAAUGCGAAAUAGAAGAGUUAAAAAAUACUUUUUCCAACAAGAUAGAGAACAUGAACCUUCAGAUCCACGAAGCUCAUAAUAACCUGGAGGAAUUGGAGAGGGCCUUGAAAAAAGAAGAAGAGGAAAAAACAUACAUCACAAAUCUCUAUGAGAAAAUGACUGAGAGCAGGGACCGUCAGAUCAGAGAUAUGUUGGCUAAGGAGAAAGAACUAAAGGAGGAGCAAGAGAUUUUGAGAGAACAAUUAGGCGAAACAUUAAGUUGUGUUGCAGAUAUAGAAAAGUUAUUGGAUGAGGAGCAGGAUGCAAAAACAGUCAUGGAGCAAAAAUUACAGCUCUCCUUGAAAAAGGCCGAAGAUUCAAUUCUGGAGACAGGUCUUUUGAUGCAGGAAAAGAACAGGCAGAUUGAGAAGCUUCGUCAAGAGGAGCAAGAACUGCGAGAAAAGUUGCAGAAGAAGGAGAGCGAACACGAGACGUUAUCCAUCCGAGAAAACGAGCUGGAAAUUCUCCUCAAUAGAGAGACAGAGCUAUUGAAAGAUAAGGAAAAGGAAAUAAUUCUCUUGAGAAUAAGUAUUCAGGAGAUAUUACAAGAGAAGGAGCAAGAACGAAAGAGCCUGCAAGAGGAGAAUGGCCACUUGCAAGAAGAGUUGGUGCAUCUGCAGAAUAACCUGGUAAUUGCUGCAAGCAAUGAAGAAACACUGAAAAGCGAGCUGAACUGUGCAAAAGGACAGCUCCACCACUUGCAAAAAACUGAGAGGCAGAAUCUACAAAAAUACCAGGAGUUAACAAAAGAAUGUGAAUUAUUACAGGAGACAUGUAGAAAGUUAGAAGAAAGUAAGGAAAAGGUAGAAAAAUGUGCCAGGGAACACCAAAUGAUGCAGGAAGAAGCCUUAAGAAUGCAAGAUAAAUACAUGUUGAUGGGACUUCUCAACAAUAUUGCUCGAAGGGAUUUCAAGUUACAACGCAUUUUGAGGGAGGAGCAAGAAAACACAGUAAUUGGAGAUGAAAAACAAGAUAUUGGAAGCCAAGACUGUGGCCAAGAAACUAACCAGGAGUUCUGCUGUGCCCAGAAUGAGAAUAGAGGAUAUUUAAAAAAGCAAUGGUUGGAUGUAACCGACAUCGUGGAGGACAUUCUGCACAGAGAUGAAAAGUCUCCUGACGAAAUGGCUCAGAAUUCUAGUAAAAACCAGUAG